AUGAGACGAGUUUUGAGAGUUGCUUUAAGGGCACUUACCUAUUACAUUGAUUUGUUUCAAGCAUUUUGGAAUAUCCUUUGUUUCAAAGUUUCACAUGCUUCAACACGCGUUGAUCCAAGUCCAAUAGAAUCAUCAAACUCAGACGUUGAUCCAACUCCAAUUGAUAGCAGAAUGGCAGUGGAAGAAGAACGGUGGUCAUAUAUGCCGCAUGACCUGCUAUCGAAAAUUGCGGGUGAACUAGGGCUCAUGGACUUUCUCAGUUUCCGAUGUGUAUGCAAAGAUUGGCACAUUGCUUCUUCAAAAGUCUCACACGAAGAUAACUCGUCUACGUGUGAACCUUGGUUCCUCGUUUACGAAGGAGAAGGUUCUCAGUGUUCGUUGCUGAGCAGCAAGCAUAAACGCUACAUCAGCCAUACCCUAGAACUGGAAGGGGCAGCAUGCCUUGCAUCGUAUGAAGGAUGGUUAUUACUGUUUCGUGAGGGUUCUUUGUUCUUUUUUUGCCCAUUUUCAAAGGCAAAAAUAGAGCUUCCGAAUUGUCCAAUCGCCGAAGUAACCGACCACGUUGCAGCAUUUUCAUCUGCUCCCACUGCUCAAAAUUGCACUGUUGUUGUGCUGAACCGUUUGAGUCAAUUUGAGUUACAGCUUUUCAUGGUUUGCAGGGGAGAGAAGGUGUGGACCAGGCACUCGUAUGAGGGUUACAAUUUUAAAACAAUGAGGACAGCUUUGUUCUACGAAGGGGAUGAGUUUCACUUUUUGGACGGGAAACAAGGUUUGGUUAGCUUCGAUUCUAAAAGCAGUGAAUGGAAGAGUUAUUAUCUGCGUCCAGCAACAGCUAGUCCUGCAGAUGUGGUAGUUUUGAGCUACAGGAUAAGUGAGAACUUUUUUCAACACCGUAAUAAUGGUAAAGGGACAUUCUUAGAGGAAAAUGAUUCAAUUUCUACGGUGGGAACUACAGUUUCACGCGAUACUGGUAAUUAUGACUUGUUAAUUGGGAAUGAAAGCAUAAAGGCGCCUAAGGAAUCUGAAAGCCGUCAUCUUAAAGGAGUAUGGAUCAAACCUAAAUAUUGCUAUGUUCCUCCAGAUCAGACAUGGUAA